AUGGGCUACGAGGAGAAACGGGCGCUGGACAUCUCCUUCCUUGUCUUGCCCUUCGUCUGCAUAUUCGCGCCUAUUCUCUUCAAGGAUGCAGCAGCCACCUACUGGCUGUCCCUGCUUACUUUGGUUGGGCUCUACGGGUGGAGCUUCAACACGCCUUUAGAAGAUGAGAGCAAGAUCCAGCGUGGAGCAGGGCAGGACCUGAACCUGCCCGAGCCUGUGAUGUGGGCAAUCAAGGCCCUGGACUUCGGCACGGGCUCCGAGAGAGGUGCACGCUCAGAAGACAAAUCGUGGCAGGAUCAGCUGGCAGCCUAUGAGAAGGCUGCCGAGGAGCUGGCUGCAAAAAAAGCAAAGAUGGCUGAAAGCCCGAAGUGA